AUGGCUCCAGAACUGAAACUAAAUCAAAUAACUAUUGCAAACCAAGAAGAUUUAAAGCGUGCAGAUAUGUGGUCGAUUGGAAUGGUUAUGCAUGUACUGAUGAACCCUGAACUUGGGUGUCCUUAUCGCGCUGAAGCAGAGCAGUCGGGUGUUCCCAAUACUGAAGCAGUCGUGAAAAAUCUUCUGGCAAAAGGCAGGCUACCGCAACAUGGCACAAAAUACGAAAAACUGCGAAUGAACUCUUGGUGGCAACUUGAAGAGAUUUUCAACGUGAGUGCAAAUUUUGAUCCUGCCGCAAGACCUUCUGCUUCAAGAGUUCUUAGUAUUUUCAAUAACCACUUAAGUGAAUCAUUCCAAUGCAAAAAGUUAGCUUUGAGCCAAAGUACAGUUGUAAAACAGUAUAGUCGAGAUGCAGCAGCAAAAAUUCAAGUCAACUCAUAUCAGUCCGCUUGCGAAGAAGGUCAUGUACCCCUAUUAGAUGAUGCAACUAAUUGUUGUGCAUUUCUUUCCAUCGGAAUUUGCAAUCGUCUCCUAAACAGCGACAAGUCACAAAACCAACAGACGUGGGAAACGGUUCGAAAGGUAGUUGAAAACGUCAUCUGCCAACUUCCAUCUUGCGUUAAUGAGCACAGGGAUGUCUCAUCUUUCUAUGAUGUUCAAGAAGCGUAUGCCAUUAUGCCCUCCAAAAACCUGCUUCACCAACAGUACGAGUUUCAGAAGAAUGUGUUUCGGGGAACAAAGUGUUUUCGUGCGCUGGAAGAUAUGAGCUUGUUAAAAGUUUAG